AUAAUGUCAUGGAACAUUGAUGGUUUAGAUGAUAAUAACGUAACAACUCGAGCAAAAUCUGUAUGUAAAACCAUUUUAAGUGAAAAACCCGAUGUUGUGUUCUUGCAAGAAGUGGUUACUAAAAAUUUAGGAGUUAUAAAAGAGUACUGUACAAAUUAUUUUGUGGUUCUAGGCACUGAUAGACAACUUUUUCCUGGGGAAUAUUUUACUGUUAUGUUAUUAAGAAAUGACACAACAAAAUAUUCAAAUCAUUCUGUUCAACCGUUUUAUUCUAGCAUAAUGUCUAGAACGUUACUCCAAGUUAAUGCAAAAGUCAAAGGCAUAGAAAUCUGUCUUUUAACUUCUCACCUUGAAAGCACUAAAACCUGGGAACAAGAGCGAACUAAACAAUUCCGAAAAAUUCUAGACGCUGCCUACGAAGUUCCUCAUAGCAAAGCGGUUAUUCUUGGAGGAGAUUUUAAUCUGAGAGAUUCAGAGCUUGAAAAGAUUGGAGGUUUAAAGAAUGGUCUGGUCGAUGUUUGGGAGCAAACGGGCCGAAGAUCUGAAGCUCAAUUCACUUGGGACACCAAAAAGAAUGACAAUUUGUCCGUUUCUGGUCGAUACAAACCAAGACAUAGAUUUGAUAGAUUAUAUUACAGAUCAGAUUGCUUCAUUAAAGCUGUUUACUUUGAAUUAGUUGGUUUUGAUAGAGUUGAAGCGUGUAAACGUUUUCCUAGUGAUCACUGGGGAAUAAUGGCACAUUUUAACAUAUUACCUCACGUUGAAAACAAAUCCUUGAUGUGAAUUUAUAAUUUAUGUAGCAUUUCAUGAAAUUAUUUUUGAAUUUAUAGACAUGUUUGUCGUUACCCAAUAACCAACACGAUUUUUUU